GGGCCAGCCAUGGGAGAAAGCGUGCAAAUGGUGCUUUGAAAAGACUUUUCUGAAUUGAAUACAGCAGAACUGGUUCCAGUGAUCGCUGGGGUUUACUGUCGUUGGUUUGAUGCUUACUAUUGAACUGCCGUCUCUGUGUGGCUUUCUCACAGGUUUUAGCAUCCCUAGCUCCUGUGUGAUUUAACUAAGUUUUGCUAAUUCUGUGAGGAAUUCUGCAACCAGGUGUUCUUCCUACAACACCUGCUAAACUGAGCAACAUGCAGUCUGACACUACAGGAAUCAUUAGAAAGACACUGACGUCUUCAAAUUUUACAGGAGUGCUCCUGGACUAGAUGUUAUUUUCUGAUGUCAGCAAGUGUUGUAAUGUUUUCCUGCAAAAGACAAAGGAUCCUUAGUAAAGAGAAACACUCAGUGUGCACCAAACUUUUCGCUUUCCAUUUCCCCUGGUUGGGUUAGAUGUGGACCUCUAGAACACAGAUGAUGGACAAUCUAAAGAGCGUUGAAUGACCAGUGGAAGGAGAUGUGGUUUGCAGAGAGAUCAGGCUCAUGGCCCCAUCACAUCCCAUCUGUUUGUUUUGGAAAGGAUCUAAUAGCGAUGCUUCUUAAUGGGACUGCACUUCCUGCUUAUGUUUCCAGGUGUCAGAGUGCCCUCUGCUUCACAUAUGCAUGACUGUAUCAAGAAGAAUGGGCUCAUUCCGCCGGCCAAGGCCUCGUUUCAUGAGUUCCCCAGUGCUUAGUGAUCUUCCACGCUUCCAUGCAGCCAGGCAGGCACUGCAUUUGAGCUCCAACUCUGCAUGGAACAGUGUUCAAACAGCAGUGAUCAAAGUGUUCCAAGGAAGAGAAUUACUGAGUAAUGAACUUUACACACUAAAUGAAAAUAUCAGACACCUGCUGAAGAGUGAACUGGGCUCAUUUAUCACGGAUUACUUCCAGAAUCAGCUUCUUGCAAAAGGCCUGAUGUUACUGAAAGAGAAAGCAAUUCUCUGUGAAGGUGACAGUCGCAUUGGGAUUCUGUCUGAAAUCUGGGAUAAUUUUUUCACAGAGAUUCUUCCUACUCUUCAGGCUAUUUUUUACCCUGUUCAGGGCCAAGAACUUACCAUUCGACAGAUUGCCCUUUUAGGCUUUCGUGAUCUGGUGCUGUUAAAGCUGAAACUUGAAGAACUACUUCCUUGUGUGCAACAUCAAGUUCCUCCUUCAGUUGUGCAAAUGCUGCUUGUACUGCAGGGUGUACAUGAACCCAGUGGCCCAAGUGAAGGCUACCUGCAGUUGGAGCAGUUAGUGAAAGAGGUCAUCUCACCGUACCUUGGAACAUAUGGAGAACGCAGCUUUAGCAGUACAGCUUUUAUUCAUGAGAGACAAGCUUCCAGAUCUGGGUCAAAGGUUGUUGACUUCCUGAACUACUCACCACAGAUCAUCAUUUCCAAGGAUUCCACUGAAACUGCUCUAACACCUGUAAUAGAACAGGAGGGGGAGGCCUAUCUGGAGAAAUGUGGAGGAGUCCGUCGACACACUGUUGCUAAUGCUCACUCAGACCUCCAGCUGCUUGCCAUGACAACAAUGAUGCAUUCACCAAUGGGAGAAGAAGAGGAGAAUGUGGAGCAAUGCAUCUUGCUUCAGCCUAACCUCAGGCAUCGGCACUGUUCCAGUGAGCCAAAUAUUGCUGAACCUCAGGGAGGGCUCGUAGUAGUGACCCUUCAGGAACCUAAUCUGAUGAACUGUGCUACCCUCAGCUAGGUAUAAGUGACUGGAAGAGAGGAAGCAGAAUGCACUAAACAGAUUCAUAGCUUCAUCAUUCUAUAACUGAGUUUUUUGUCAGCUGGCAUACCAGUAUUCUGAGGACUGGGUUUGAAUAUCAGUUCUUUUCAGAAAGAAAAUCUGCAACCGUCCUUUGUCGCUUUGGAUUAAUGAAAUCUAUUGUACUGUAAGGACAGUGAUGGCUCUUUGAAGCCAGUGUUGAUUGCUCAGGUACAUUGACCUGUACAGUGUGGUACAUUGCUAGAAGAAACCAUUUUGUCUGAUGUAGUAUUCAGUAUGUAAGGAUACCAGCGAGUGAAAUGUCUCUUUUAAAGGGAUGCAUCUCAGAACAAAGGACAGAAAAUGAGAUGAAACUCAAGUAGGUCUCAUUAGAAGACUGUUAUCCUGUAUGUAGCCCUGAGCAUGCCAGAUGAUACUCCAUUCUGAAAUCCUUUUAAAUGCAAAAUGUUGCAAAACCAAGUGCCUGUCAGCCUUUAAUUCAAAUGAUGCUGUAUUGUCCUAUAAAAUUCCACAUUUUAGUACUAGAUAUAAGAAGGAAUAGAAAAAAAAUGAAGCGACACCUUCAGAGAAGUUUUUUCAGUGAUUGAUGUUGAUUACACAAAACACUUACCUGACUUUUAGGGUACAAGCAUGUCAUGAUAAUAGAUGGCUGGCUUCUAUCAUUAGCAGUCAGUGCCAUGCCUAUCAGAACAGAGAUGACAGCAGCAGUGAUGAAAAGAUAUUUCUAUUUAUUUUCAUCUUGAGUAGUCUGUCUGAUCUCCGGUAUAUAGGGAAGGAUGUGUUAGAAUUCUGAGGAGGAUAAAGUUUAGUAUAGAGGAGUUGGUUAUCACCUUGUAGUCCAGAGUUUCUCUCAUCUCCAUUUUAUUUACUGUGUGAUUCUGAGCAAAGUUAAAGUACAGUUUUGUACCUACCAUAAAUGUAGAUGUUCGAGGA